CCCACUAAAAUUUUUCCCCCACCCUUAAUUGUGGGUUUGUGUUUUCUCUCUGCAAGAACCACCUCAGUUAACAUAUAAACACCCUCCUCUCUCGCUCAACAGCUAAUAAUUUCCGCCCCUUUCUCUGUACCUACAAAUCAAGAAAGAGAGUGAUUAAGCCGCAACAAUGGGCAGCAUCGAAGAGAGAAAACGUAAAGAAGAGGAGAGAAAGAUCCCGCUUUUUACAGUGCUAAAGAACGGCGCGAUUCUGAAGAAUAUUUUUGUCAUCAACAAACAACUGUCACCAUCACCGGAGCUUAAUUCGAUCGCAGGCAUUGAAAAUUUGGAGAACCCAGAUGGAGAAAAUGAGGAGAUAUUGAUUGUUGGUCGACACCCAGAUUGCAGUAUUGUGUUAAUGCACCCUAGCAUCAGUAGAUUCCACCUUCAAAUUAAUUCAGUACCCUCUGAACAGAAGCUCUUUGUCACUGAUUUAUCAUCUGUCCAUGGGACAUGGGUUUCAGAGAAAAAGAUCGAGCCAGGCCUUCGAGUAGAGCUGAAUGAAGGUGGUACGUUAAGGGUUGGUGGCUCAACCAGAGUCUACAGGCUGCAUUGGGUUCCUUUGAGCCGUGCGUACGACCUGGAAAACCCCUUCGUAUCAGAAGAAGAUUUGGCAAUCACUGAAGAGAAAGAAGAGGAAAAUAUAGAAAAUCUAUCUCAGGAUGAAGAUUUAGAAAAUAAAAAUGCUGAAGAGAAAGACUCAUUGAUAAUGGUAGGAACAGCAGAAGAAACAUAUCAGGACAUGAAUUCUAUGUCCAGUGAAAAUGGAGAAAUUCAAUCAACGGAUUCAAAUUUGGAAUGCAUUGUCUCAUUAUUUCCUGAUGAGAAUUGUGGGUUGAUUGUGGAGAAAGCCAUCCCAUCAUCACCAUCAAUGCCUGAAGACAUGAAUUCUUGCUUUUACAAGGAGAAGGAAGAACUAGAAGGAAAAUCUGGAAGUGAUCAUGAAUUGAGCCCUAACAUUGUUGAGGGAGUUAUUUUUCAGACCUCGAGUCUGCAAUUUUACGAAUGCAAUCAAAGCCCAGAAUAUCAUUCUGCUAAAGAAGCAAUACUAGAGGAAUAUGAAUACUCGGACAUUUCCGAGACAAGAUUAGAGCCGGAGCUCAAUGUUGAAUUGGACAAAGAUGCUUCAUCAUCUGUUGCAGAAUCAGACAUUUCCAAGACAAGAUUACAGCCAGAAUCCAAUGUUGAAUUAAACAAAGAUUCUUCAUUAUCUGUUGCAGAAGUAGAAUCCAAUUCAGCCUCAGAAAUACCAAAAGAAAUUGAAAAUCAAACUCUGUUGAGGAAAGGCGACGAGCAAGGGGAAAAUACUCCUAAAGCAUUUGAGAACAAGACCUUCACAAUAGGAGAUCUCUCAGAGCACAACAAUGAACAAUUCAACAAAGAAAAUCUGACUCCAGAACCUUCAGUUGCUCUGCGACAGCUUCUUGAAGAACAAAUUAGAGAAAAUUCUACUGAAAACCUAAUACUGAAUAUGCUGGUGAGCCCACAAAAUUAUGAUCCUGCAGCCGCUGAAAUACGUGAAGAAAUGGAAAACCAAAGUCCUUCUAGGAAAGACGAUGUACAAAAUGAGUUCAGUAGUACCUGCCACUGUGUACCACCCCUUGCAACAGAAUCUGUAAAUUCAUCUUUACCUCUUGCUGUUCUCCCUGAGAUUGUAGAUAGUAGGGAAAGUCAGACCCCACAAUCUAACUUCCCUGCAGUUGAGAACACAGAGAAGUUAAGGAGCCCCCCAAUCAGAUCAGAAAAAAAAUCAAGCUCCUGCAGCAUUUGGUCAAGAAGGGGCAAACCUGCUACUCCUCUUCAGCUUCAAACAAGUAAGAGCAGGGCAAGAACCAAAAGGAUUGAUGCUGAUAUUGGAUGGGAGAAUCAGGAGGAUGUUGAAAAUAAAUCUAUUACAAGGGCUCUUUUCUCGGGUUCAGAAGCUAUGGACGAAGAAAUCUUUACUCCAGACAAGGAGAAUCACACCCCAAAUACCUUUGUAAUGAAGGCCUUGAAAAUGAAGGGCACAUUACAGGAUACUCAACUAUCCAAGUUGUGCAGAUCUUCCUCUUCUAAGUUUACUUUUAGUCCCAACAUUGUACCAGAAGAUAUGAUUGCCUCUUCAGACAAAGAGAACCAGACACCUCAAGUUCUCCGACAAAGGAAAUCAGCUAAGCCUACCUUAAGGAAGCAAGUGAAGUUGGAAGAAGAGUCGGUGCUGAAGGAAAGAAGAGCAGAGAGGAUUCCAUUACAAUCUUUAUUUGCAAAUUCCCCUGGGAAGAGCAUAUCUGAAGCUUCAGUCCUUGGUGCUGCUGCAAGAAGCAGCAAUUCUAUUAGCUGUACUCAAAAGGUUAAAAAUUCUACUUCUAUUAACUCUGUUGGAGAUGGAGAGAGGAGAUGGACCAUGAUAGCAGAUACCACAUCUCUUCUAGACAAGGAGUCCAGGAAGUCACUACAGCUUUUGCAAGGUCUUAAGGGGACUCAUUUAGUCAUUCCAAGAAUGGUGAUAACAGAGCUGGAUUCUUUGAAGAGGCGUGGUAGCCUGUUCAGGAGAACAACUGAGGCAUCGUUGGCGUUAAAAUGGAUAGAAGAGUGUAUGGUGAAAACAAAGUGGUGGAUUCAAGUACAGAGCUCAAUUGAGGAUCAAAGACUAAUAGCACCAACCCCAACUGCAUUUCCUGUGUCCCCAUCUGGGACAACAAGCUCAGUAUCAUUUUUGGCUUAUGGAAGUUUAAUGGAAAUCGUUUCACCAACUGCAGAAGACCAUAUUCUAGAUUGUGCUCUUUCCUAUAGGAAAAUGAACGUUGAUGGACAACUCGUCUUUCUUAGUAACGAUGUCACACUGAAGAUCAAAGCCAAGGCAGAGGGUUUGAUAUGUGAGACAGCUGAGGAGUUCCGAGACAGUCUGACGAACCCCUUCUCUGAGAGGUUCUUGUGGGCAGAUAGCUCUCCUAGAGGACAGACUUGGACCGUCUUGGAUGAUGUAGUGUUGAAGGAAAAGUAUUACAGGAGUCCCUCAAAGAAAUCAUCAUCAAAGGGAGAAGGUGCAAAGGGUUUGAAGCUCAUUCUGCUUUACAAUUCACAGUAUGGGCAGCAAAUGGGUAAUACUGUUCCUUGAUGAAAUAUCAUGUGCACAGCUGCUUAUUUGUUCAAAUGGCUGUACUUGUUUUUGAAAUUCUGAAAAGGAAACAGAAUCCAAGUAUUCCAUUUUUCUUUCAAUAGAAAUAGAAAAAGGCAAAUAUGGUAGUGAAGUAUAGUUAAGCAACCAUUCUUUUGGAGGCUAAUGAAAGCAUGUACAUAUAUGAGCACUGACUUUUCGGCAAGCAGUGAAUGAAAAGUACUCAUGUUCACAUGAUUUUCUUCUCUUCUCUAUAUUUCUUCUUGCUUGUAUCUCCACAAUCUGACAGGGUACUAGCAUAGAAAAAGCUUAACUGUCAGGAAAUUUGGAAUGAAAAUAAUGUCAGAGCUUUACUGAA